AUUAAUAAAUUAAAAAGAGAAAAGGGAAGAAGCGGCGAUGCUGUUGUGGUUUUGUGAGUUGUUAAUUUCUUGUGUGGGAAGUGGAAGUGGGAAUGGGAAAGGGCAGUAGCAGGCGGGUGAGGGCGUUCAAGCGGUGGAUGAAGCGGGAAGGGAUCGAAUGCAGCGACGCCCUGGACUUGAGGGACGAAGGAGUCGAAAUCGGAAUCAGCGUGAGAGCCCUAGCCCUCCUCAAGGAAGGGGACGUGGUGGCCAGAAUACCAAAGCUCACGUGCCUCACCACCAGAACCACCGCCGCACGUGACAUUAUCGCCGCCGCCGCCAACGCCGGUGAGGGCGAGGAGGAGUCUUGUUUAGGAGGGUUAGCAGGGCUGGCGGUGGCGCUGAUGUACGAGAGGAGCUUGGGAGAGCGUUCACGGUGGGCCCCAUACCUUGAGCUGUUGAGCAAAGAAGAAGAGUCGUUGCCUUUGGUUUGGAGAGCCGACGAGGUUGAGCGGCUGCUGGCAGGGACAGAGCUGGAGGGAACGGUCAAGGAAGACAAAGGUGUUAUGUGGAAGGAGUGGAAGGAGAGCAUUGAGCCCACGAUAUUACUGCAAAUGCAUCCUUUGGAUGCUGCCGCCGUUGAAUUCGACCCGAGCUUCUUCGGAUUCGGAGACUACUUGGCGGCAAGGACGCUGAUAUCUUCUCGCUCUUUUCAGAUUGAUGAAUACCACGGAGUGGGAAUGGUUCCUUUGGCUGACCUGUUUAAUCAUAAAACGGGAGCUGAGGAUGUGCACUUAAUGACCUCUCCUCACAAAAGUGAAUCCAACACCACCCAAGAAAACAAUGAAUCUGAUACUACUAGUACUAGUAUUAGUGCCAUUCAUGAUGACGAUACAGAGCUGGAGGGAACGGUCAAGGAAGACAAAGGUGUUAUGUGGAAGGAGUGGAAGGAGAGCAUUGAGCCCACGAUAUUACUGCAAAUGCAUCCUUUGGAUGCUGCCGCCGUUGAAUUCGACCCGAGCUUCUUCGGAUUCGGAGACUACUUGGCGGCAAGGACGCUGAUAUCUUCUCGCUCUUUUCAGAUUGAUGAAUACCACGGAGUGGGAAUGGUUCCUUUGGCUGACCUGUUUAAUCAUAAAACGGGAGCUGAGGAUGUGCACUUAAUGACCUCUCCUCACAAAAGUGAAUCCAACACCACCCAAGAAAACAAUGAAUCUGAUACUACUAGUACUAGUAUUAGUGCCAUUCAUGAUGACGAUAUGUCUGCUUCUAUCACUGUUGACAAGGGUGAGGGUGACGAUAGUGGAUGUGAGGGUGACAACAGUGAGGGUGGCAAUGGUGAUGGUGACGAUAGUGAGGGUGGUGAUGAUGACGACAAUGAUGAUUACGGUGACGGUGAUGGUGAUGACAGUGAUGAUGAUGAUUUGGAAAUGACUAUGGUGAAAGAUGUCAAACUGGGAGCUGAGGUCUUUAAUACAUACGGGUCAUUGGGUAAUGCUGCACUGCUUCACAGAUAUGGAUUUACAGAGCCAGAUAAUCCGUAUGACAUUGUCAAUAUCGACUUGGAACUGAUACUCCAGUGGAGUUCAUCCUUGUUUUCUGGCCAGCAUCGUAGAGCAAGGCUAUCCCUCUGGAAAAGAUUGGAUUACUCUGGAUGUGUCACCCACAACUCUGAAUAUUUUGAGGUUUCAUUUAAUGGAGAACCUGAAAUUGAGAUGUUGGUUUUAUUGUACAUAAUGUUGUUACCACAUGAUGCAUAUUAUAAGAUGGAUCUUGCUCUAGCAACUGCAGGAAGUUCCAGUGAACCCAUGGACAUCAUUUUUUCCGAUAAAAGCAAAAAAUCGUGCCACAAAACUGGACUAUUGAGUGAGGACCUGUUGCUGACAAAAUGUCUUUGUAAUGCUCUUUUGUCCCUUGCAGAUAUGCGGGAUAGCCUUUAUGGUACAAAUUCAAUAGAAGAUGAUAUAGAAGCAUUGGGCAGGUGUUGUUGCAUAAGUGACAAAAAGUUGUACCAUUCGUUGAUGCUUCGUAUCAGUGAGAGGAGGAUCCUUCAGAAGCUUAAAAUGUAUGCUGCUAAAGAAACCUCUGUUAAGAAGAAGUUGAAAAGAAAAUGAGUUUAGGACACUUACUAAAUUAUCAUCCAUGGCUUUUCUUUUUCCACUGCCUGUUUUCAUGGCUAUGACUUCCUCGCCUGGUGAAGGUAUGUAAGCCACAAGGGAGAUUCAUUUUGUUGAGAUUGUGACCAUAGAGACCAUUGUGAAGCAACUUGGUGGCAUGUAGGCAUUGUUUAGAGAGAUUCUUUUUGUUAAGAUUGUGACCAUAGA